AAACGAUCAUUGCAUUCCUUAUGGCGUUUUCAGCGACAUCCUCGGACAUAGGGGACUCAAUUAGAGGUGUUGCGCGUCGCAUCACAAGCUGGGCACCAAAUCCCGCACUGACCACAGCUGUGGUACAUGGCGAGCUCGAGGAGCUCGAUACGCUGGAAGAACAGUGGAAAGAGGUCUCUAUCGGCCUCAAACGUGUGCGAGCUGCACUGAACCGCAGAAAGAAUUCACUUGCAAGGGUGCAUACUCUGCCCGUAGAAAUCCUCCGCAUAGUAUUCACGCUAUACUGUGCAAUCACAGACCACCCCGUUCACCCUGGUCUCACUCUUCUAUUGGCCUGUUCGCAUUGGCGCGAUAUAGUACUGCAAUGUCCUGCCAUAUGGACCCGAUUGAACUUGUCUAUCCUUCCCCGGAGUAACGCAGAACUUCUCUGUGCCAUGUCACAACAACUUCCUUUGCAGCUGCGAUUUCACGGCAUAAACCAUCGAAUAAUGGGCUCUACCAUAUCCUUCCUCCGCGACAUGUUGUGGCGAACAAGCGAGCUCGACCUGUGCGUGGACUGCGACUUUCACACCGAUACCGGCCGCAAAUUUGUGCCCUUUUUUCGGGUCCUCCCCACCGACAAUAACAUCCCAUUAGAGUGUUUCAAAAUCAGGUUUCAGUCGAUAUGGCGUCCAGCUGAUAUCGUGAUCGGCGCUCCGCUCUUUGGUGGACAUGCGCCACAUUUGAAGUAUCUAGAACUGGAUGGCUUGCGCCUGGCAUGGAACUCCGGGUUUUACUGCAACCUAUCGACUCUGAAAAUCGUUAAUUGCAGGGCAGAUGCGCGUGGCAAUGCGGACCGUGACAUUCGCUAUGCGUUGCGCGACUCUCCCAACCUUGAGGUGCUCGAAAUCUCUCUCAUUGGCGAGGGAGAAGCCUAUCCCCUGCACGGCAGUUCACUGCACGCGUCAUCUCGAGUAGAGUUGAAGUCCUUGCACACUUUAAUCCUCGGACUUCCUGUUCGCUCUGUCCACCAAGUGCUUCGUUCCAUCACGGCUGACUCUAUCAAGACGCUCCAUAUCAACAUCGACGCUUUAACGGACUACACCUUACAUACCCAUCUCAUCCCAUCAGUUCUCGACGACGGCGUGCUGCCGUCCGGAGCUCUUCCACCCCAUGUUGAACGAGUCGACCUCAUCCUCGAUCAAAAAUGCUGCCUCGCCGUGUGGAAGUGCCUAGAGAGUCCCGCACCCAUGUUCUCGCUUUCAUGGCCGCACAAGUCGUUCACCGGCGUACAGGCUGUCGUGCUCCAGCAGCUCUCGGAUAGAUUGAGCGCUUUGGGUGUCUCGCAUGCAAAACAUCUUAGCUUUGCACUGGGCGAUAGCCUGCGCCCCCUCGACGACCUUAGCACACAUCCCUUCGCACCCCUCCUCAUGUCGUCGUCACUCGUGCGGCUGGACAUGGAUGGCGCCGCCCCGAACGUCGUCCUACCCAUCUUGGCAUCUGACCGUGUUGCCUCUGCAGCGUCGAACUGGCCACAUCUCGCUCAAGUGCAGGUGACCAUGACCAACAACAAUACGCUGCAUACGUAUGCGUCGGAUGCUCUUGUUAAAUGGCUGGAAGGUCGUGCCAUGCGGCCAUCGUUGAACUUCCGACGGGUUUCCUUCGCGCUCAACUCGGAAGCAGACCAAUUCACCCAGACUGUGACGCGCCUUGCGGCAGCUGUCACUUGGGACAACUGCAAUUUUUUCUCGCUAUAUUUAGAUGAUCUUGCGAAGUGAGAUGUGACCGGGCGGAGACGACUGGGCGAUGUGGUAAUGUGAGAAGGAACACAGCGACUAGAUAGCCUGGCCGCUGUUAAGAUGAAUUUCCUCCUGGUUUGCGUUCACCAGUAACAUAUUGUACUGUCUCGUUGUCAGGUCAGCUGGUGUUCGAAACUUGUCACUGGGCCCUCGGAUGUCCUGCUCUAAUAGUACCGACCGAACAUCCCAAACUACUUUCUGGUAUCGACCUCGCAGGAUAUGACAUCUCGUACUGCAAGGACCCG